GACAUUAUUAUCAAGAUGGGUCGUGUAACACUGUUCGAAGUCACGUUUGGGAUUGUAUUCAUGCUGGGUAUGUUCCGGUCGAAUUCCGCAAAUGCAACUGACACUGGUUCUGGAUUAGCAAUUGCUGGGGAACAACUGGACGGAGAGAGCCUUAUUCGUAUGGGCCAAAAAAUGAACUCUACUCUGCUGAAGCUUCUUGGACAAUCUUUUGUUAAUUUUGAACGUAAAAUAAACGAGAAGAUCUGCAAGAUUGAUCCGUGUGAUCAAUGGUCACCAUGGAGUAAUUGCAGCGCAAAAGUGAAGAACGAGUUCGGAUUUCGGUCGCGGUCCAGGGUCUGUUGGCUUGAACAACAAAACGCAUGUAAUAGAACUGGUAAACAAACUGUUGAAAAUGAAAAUAAUUUCUGCGAAGGAGAGAAAUGUCCGCCGUCGUACACAUCGUACAACUCAGCCAAUACAUGCUUAAAGCUGGUCGGAGUGAGUCUUAAUCACAGCGCCGCUGAAAACUUUUGCACACAAGAUGGUGGGCAUUUAUUCAACACUGAUACGGAAGAAAAAUGGAAUGCGAGUGUAACUAUCCUUCUGUCUAACAAAGUGACCACGGCGUGGAUAGACGGAACGAGAACUUCAGUCUCAGCCAAGUGGGUAUUUUUGAAUGGGAAAGAUCCGGUUGCGAACGGCGUCACGUCCAAGUGGGAUUCAGGGGAACCGUCGAAUGGAGCAACGGAAUUGUGCAGGGCAAUUGUAAAGCCGUCUGGCACGUAUUACUGGUAUGACAGAGGCUGCAGCUCUACUUACUCUUUCAUUUGUGAGGUGUAGGUUCUUUAUUAGAUUAAUUGAGCAAACAUAUGUGGCUUCCAUGUGUAUGCAGUUCACAAUUAAACAAACCAUAUUUAUCCUCAGAUGAAAACGAAAUCAAUCGUUUGUUUGUAAAAUUCAGUCCUAAAGUACAUUUAACUAUUAUAUAUUGGUUAAACAUCCAUGCAAUGAAAUAGUUUAUCCAACUGAAUGGUGCCACCCCUGGUGUGCUUCUUAUGUAUAUACUUAGUUGUAUGUCAUGUAAACAACCAAUGUAUAUAUGCGCAUGCUAUUAAACUAAGUGGUUGCAAAACAUCGAAUAUUUGGGAGAAAUUGCAUUGUUAGACCACCAAUUGCCAACAUCUUUAUCUACACUAAAAACAAUAGAACAAGCGUUAUAUACAUUUAUAAUGAACAACUCCGAAACGUAUUAAAAUGAGUAAUUACAUUAUAAUAAACUCAAAUGUUCAUUAUAUUUUAAUUUGUUUUCGUAAUUUGAUUUAAUUAUCCGGUUUAUUACAUUUCAUUUUUAAAAGUCUGAGUUUCGGCACGCCCAAAGUUGUGAAUUAUUUAUUAUAAGGCAAUAACCCGAUUGUCAAUAAUUGUUUUAUUUGAUGCGGUGUUGUAUAAAUGUGUGUUUUGUAUUGUAGAGUCGAAUUAUUACUUGCCUAAAACAGAAGACUAGCGAUCUUUCAACACAUUUUCUUGCUGAUUAUAUUUUUGCAGCUUUAUUAUUCCUAUAUAUUACUAGUAUGAACACAGUGAGUCUCUUAUUAAAUAUGUCUUGUUCCAGUAUAACUUGCUUCGUAGUCGU